AUGGCUUGGCUUCAACGACAAGGUGUGAAAUGCCUUCUUUUCGUCUUACUCUGUCAACUAACCCACGGUUUAAAUUGCUGGUGCAGCACUACUACGUGCCUGAUGAGAAAUCUUGACCUCCACGUAGACUACAGCUCCGCAUUCUCCUGUCUCAGCAACACCAUCAGUGAAUUGACGGCGGAGUUCGUAAAAGGUGACGUGUUCGAUCUCACAACAGUGCCCAAUCUGCGUCACUUCGUGCUGGAUCACUCCCAGCUGGACAGUUUAAUUGUAAGCCUAACGAGAGAAGGCUCCACCGUAAGUGUCACGACAACACCGCUGAGAACAGUGAUCUUUCACCACAGCCGCAAUCUGGUGGAUGUUCGCAUCGACAACACGCUGCUGGCGACCAUGCGUCGCACGAGUUUAACCACUAUCAUUCUCGAAGGCAACCGGUUGAGAGAGGUAAAUUUUUCCAUGUUUGUCAGUAUGCCAAAAUUAACCUAUCUGUUAAUCGGCAGAAAUCUACUGUCCAGUGUAACAGUACCCGAUGGUCAGUCUCCAAUGCGACUGAAACGGCUCGAUUUAAGUUUUAAUCGACUCGCUAAUGCUAACCUGUCGGGAAUUUCGUUUGCGAAAACGAUUGAUGCAUCAGGAAAUGAGUGA